AGAGCUUAGGGCCGGUGUAUAAGAGCAGGUCCAGGUGAGUGAGGAGGGACACAGCAGAACGAGGAGCUGCAGAACACAGGAGACACACAAAGGUGCCACAGAGAACAGGUAGUAAUCAUGAUCCGAGGUCUGCUGUCGGUGCUGUUGGUCCUGGUGGCCGUAGCCGUGUCUUCAUCUCUGGCUAAGCCUGAGAAGAACAUCGCCAAGAGGGGGAAGAGGAUCCCUCAGACUCUCUCCAGAGGCUGGGGUGAUCAACUAAUCUGGGCUCAGACCUAUGAGGAGGCUCUGUACUGGGCCAGGGCACAGAACAAGCCUCUGAUGGUCAUCUUCCACCUGGAGGACUGUCCUCACAGUGCAUCCAUGAAGAAGGUCUUCGCUGAAGACAAGGACAUCCAGAAGGUGGCUGAUGAAGACUUCAUCAUCCUCAAUCUGGUGUAUGAAACCACAGACAAGCAUCUUUCCCCUGAUGGCCAGUACGUCCCUAGAAUCAUCUUUGUCGAUCCCUCUAUGACAGUGAGAGCUGACAUCACAGGGCGCUACUCCAACCGUAUGUACGCCUAUGAGCCUUCUGACAUCAAACUCUUACUGAGCAACAUGCAGAAGGCCAAGAAGCUGCUGAAGACUGAGUUGUAAGCACUGACUCAUCAUGUGACCCCAUGACCUUUGGCCUGCGACUUCAGAGGUUCUCCGAACAUUCUCUGAACGUUCUCUGGAGCCUAGGAGUCAGCCAGUGGCAUACUGUCACCAUGUAAACCUAAGCACUGGAAAGAGCUAGUCUUCACUUUCACAAAGCGCAAUUCCAUUUUUUAAAUUCUGUUAUUUUUCCUGAACCUGUCUUUGUAAUGUAUUGCUGUACAUCUGAGAUGUCUUUUUAUUAAAUAUAGUGCAAUUAUGAAA